UCAUAGUCAGUCCAGCAAAACGUGUCCCCCUGCGAGGGGUCACGACGAAGAGUUCCUCCGCAUUUCCGCAGGUUGAAUAGGAAAAAGUUCAAUAACUGCCGGCUGACCGGAUCAGUGACAGUUAGUGCCGAAACAGUGAAUUUAAACAGUGGUACUGCAGCACGCGACCGUGAACUCUGUGUGUGUGUGGGAGAGCGAGGACACUGUAGAAGAACGGAAGCGCUGUUUGGAGGCGGAUAUUCGGCUAUUAGCGUAGAAAGCAAGCGGCAUCUAUGAACCUGUGAUAUUUGAAACAAACGCUUCAAAUGACUUCCACUAGCAUCGGACCAACCUCGCCAAGUUAAGAAACAAUUUCUUUGAACAAAAAGAAUUAAAGAAAGGUACAAAACUCGUUAAAAAAACAAACAAACUAUGUGUUCUGGUUCCAACGGUGAUAAAGUGCGAAAGUAAACCGUUUUCGAAGUGCAAGUGCUAUCAGUGAACAGGAACACCGGUUAGUGUGCUGCAGCAAAAUGACACACGGUCCACCGGCGCGAAAGCGUCCCCAGAAUGGCUCAACGGCGGCUGCAGCGGAUGCCGAAGGCAACCAGGACCGACUGGAAAGUAGCCUUCCACCACCACCGGAUGGUGGCUGGGGUUGGAUGGUGGUACUGGCCUCCUUCUGCAUACACAUAGUCACGGACGGCAUCACUUACUCGUUCGGUAUCUUCUACGUCGAGUUUCUCGACUAUUUCAAGGAGGGAAAAGGCUACACCGCGUGGAUUGCUUCAAUUCUGGUCGGAGUCACGCUCUGCUCUGGUCCCGUCUCAUCCUCACUGGUUAAUCGGUAUGGCUGCCGGGCGGUCACAAUUGCUGGUUCGAUCCUGGCUUCAAUCUGUCUCGCCGUCAGCAUCUACGCCAAGAAUGUUUUCACGUUGUUCAUCACCAUCGGAGCCGGUACCGGGUUGGGGCUAGGACUGAUCUACCUACCGGCCAUCGUCAGUGUGACGAUGUACUUUGAAAGACUGCGCUCGCUAGCGACCGGAAUUGCGGUGUGCGGUUCCGGACUGGGAACAUUUAUCUUUGCUCCGGUGACGGAGAUACUGAUUGCGAAGCUGGGCUGGCAGAACGCUCUCCUUGUGCUGUCGGUGAUCGUACUGGGAACGUCGAUUUUCGGUGCGAUGUUCCGACCGUUGAAAGCUGUUGAACCGCCGGCGGUCGAAGCACCGAGAGCUGAAGCACCACAUUCCAAAGCCGCAUCCAGCGUCAAACUGAAUAAUGCCGUCGAAGAAGAAGCGCACAAUUUAGGUCGUUCGCACAGCAUUGGGCAUUCGCCGAGAAUAGCGUUGAGUUCGAACGGUCAAUCCAAGAGUGGUUCAAGCUUGCAUCGCAAGCACAGCGAGGACGAAACUGCCCAGAGUCAACCGUUGGUUUCCCAACCCUCGACGUACGAUCAGGUCACGAUCAAACGGGCAGAGAGUGGUACCAUGUACCGGAAGGAUGCCCUCUACACCGGUUCUAUUCACAAUAUAGCCUCCCGGCAUGCUUCCAGUGCCAGUUUGGCCAUGUAUUCCAAGGGAACCUAUGGUUCGGUUCAGGGUGGCAGCAAGCCUCUCGGUACGGAUGAAAAAUUCGUGUGUUGUGGAUGUAUUCCUUGCUCAAAAGAAACCGCAGAUACCUACAAGGAAAUGAUGAGCUUCUCGAUACUGCGUGAUCCGAUUUUUAUCAUUUUCACCGUGUCUAACUUUCUUACGAGCGUCGGGUUCAACGUACCGUACGUCUACCUGGCGGCACAAGCCAACGUGCUAAAUAUCGAUACAAAACAGGCCAGUUACCUGCUGGGAGUAAUCGGAAUCGCUAACACAGUCGGUCGUAUCGUGCUAGGUUACCUCUCGGAUAAGCCCUGGGUUAACCGGUUACUCGUUUACAAUCUGUGCCUAACCAUUUGUGGUCUUGCGACUGCCUUCUCCGUAAUGUGCCUCGACUUCUACAGCCUCGCCACCUACUCGGCCGUGUUCGGUUUCACGAUCGGUGCCUACGUCGGUCUUACCUCCGUCAUCCUAGUCGAUCUGCUCGGGUUGGACAAGCUAACGAACGCUUUCGGUUUGCUGCUACUGUUUCAGGGUAUCGCAUCUUUUCUGGGACCACCUCUAGCCGGAUGGCUCUACGACCUAACGCUCUCGUACAAUCCGGGCUUUAUCCUGGCCGGUACAACGAUCGCCCUCAGCGGUUUCAUUCUGUUUUCCAUUCCACCGCUGCAGCGGUAUUUGGCCCGGAAACGGGCCACGGAAGCAAUUACCAAAGCUGCCGCAGCUACCACCGCCGGCUACGGAGAUAUUCCGUUGCAGGAUAGGUGAAGUCCCUGCAGUCUCCAGUCCAGUUGUUCGUGGAGUAUACGAAUUUCUUAGUAAAGCACAAGCUAAUACAUUUCCCUGGAAGACAGAUGACGAUCGGGAAGAGAACAGGAUCAAGUUGUGAUACCUACUAAGUAGAUAUGAAUCGAUAGGAUGUUUAACACUGAUUCAGAGGAGAGAUGCUUAAAAGAUACGUAAGAUUAAGCCACAAAGUCAUCCAUUUAGGUUACUCGCGUGCCAUGCUCGUUCAGCACACAAACAGCAAUACAGGAUUAGUCGUUACUGUUCAAAUAGUUUUAGGAUCAAUUUUUGCUAGGAGUAAGGAAGCCAUAGGUGCACAUAAAUACAUAUCGACGAAAGUGGUAAGAAUGUUUUAGUUUAAGCGAAUGAUGGCAAUUGUUAGAGAGAAUUCGAUGAGAUGACAAACAUUUCGAGUGAAAGACAAUUAAGGACGAAUCGAGUGAGGGUCUGCGUAUGUUGAGAAUGUAUUGAUCCAUGAUUUACCGCGACUAUUUACUAGCUACAAGAGGAAUGCGGUUAAUAGUUUCUAAUUAUAAAAAAUAACGCCCAAUUCAGA